UUCAUCUUCACUUAUUUGGCUUCGGAUAAGAUAUUUUUGUACAGAGAAGAGAAAUGGACCUGAGAGAUAUAGAAUCCACUCUGCCUCCAGGUUUCAGGUUCCAUCCAAGUGAUGAGGAACUGGUGUGCCACUAUCUCUACAACAAGGUGACCAAACAAAGAAGCUUGGAAGGGACGACAAUGGUGGAGGUGGAUUUGCACACUCGCGAGCCAUGGGAACUUCCAGACGUUGCCGAGCUGAGUACCAACGAGUGGUACUUCUUCAGCUUCUGUGACCGCAAAUACACGACUGGAUCACGCGCGAACCGAGCGACCAAAUCUGGUUACUGGAAGGCUACUGGAAAAGAUAGGGAAAUCAGUGAUCCAAGGACUCACGCAAUGGUAGGGAUGAGAAAGACGUUGGUGUUCUAUAGAGGCAGAGCUCCUAGUGGCAUCAAGACUCUGUGGGUCAUGCAUGAGUUCAAACUGGAGACCCCUCCUUCACUCCGUAAGGAGGGGGCCUGGGUUCUAUGCAGAGUUUUCCACAAAAGAGAACGGGAGAGCAUAGACCAGCUGCAUGGCAACGCUACUACCACGGAAGCUUCUUAUUCCUCUUCUCCCACAUUAACAAUUAGGCCAUCUCCUUCUCUAGUGGACCUACCCAUGCAAAUCGAACAGGAAGAAAAUGUCAGCUCAAACCCCUUCACGAGCAUGCUACUUCUCGACUGCAACUCUCUUGAUCACUACACGAUGGGGAAUAUGGAGAGUAUUAUUACGAGCUCAAGGUCUUGUGAGGGUAAUGAGCUUGGAUUCUUACUGGAUUUAGGGUUUGAUCAUGGUACAGUUGGUGGAGAUGGAAGGUAUAUAUGACCUAUAAAGGGUGAGGGUUGCUUGUAACGUGUUUCAAAUACAUAGGAGACAGUAAUAGUAUAUAUGAUUGAACUUGUACAGAUGCAUGUUAAACGAUUA